ACAUCUGGUCAAAGCAGUCACAGUCAAACUGCCCAGGCUCUCUUUUUUCUCUCUCUCUCUCUCUUUUUUAAAAAAAACCCCACUCUCCAUCACACAGACACACGCCAAACAAAAAUCCCCUCUCUCUUUUUCUCUACAUUUUCUUUCUUCCUCCCGUCUUGCAUUUGUUUUUUUUCCUUUUAUUCAUUUUUUCUUGACUCUCUCUCACGUUCUUUUCGGCAGUUGUCUCGCACACAAACGACUCGUAACGCGGUGGAAAGUGAAUCUCAUCGCCAAAAACAGCACAGAAACGAAGAGGAACGCGUCCGUUGAAUACAAGAAUCGGUAGCCAAUAACGAGCUAUCAAACGGACGCAAUUAAUUGAAGCCGAAUUAAACAAGUGAAAGUCAGUUUGAAAGUAUUUUUAUUUCCUAAUUUGAGAAGCGAAAUACGAAAAAAAGCAAAAGGACUUUGUGGUUUUGCCGCUGUCGCGAUACGCACGUCGAAAGGUCGUCAUGAUGUCGACAGCGUUUAUCUACCUGUUGCUGAUUGGCGCUCAGGUAGGCGCCCUACCUGUCGAGUGGUCAACAUCUGAUUCGGCUCUGAUCGAAGUGACGACCAAAAUGGAAGCAGACGUCACUGCCGGUGAGGUAGAAGUGACGAGCCAAUUGUUGGACGACGUCAUCGUCGACGACAUGAUCAUCAGCAGCCGACAAAAAUUGCAGUCAGCCGGUGGCAUGGAAUUCCCCAACACGGCCAUUAUCCCAGGCGAUUUGACGGAGCAGCUCUCGGUCGAUGGAUUCUUCUCGUUGUGGUUCGUUUUCCUCGACGACGACGUCUUCACCUCAGACAAGGAGUUUACCAUCUUGGCGCCGAGCAACAGUGCACCCAUGAGGCCGUCGCCAACAGCCGAAGACAAGGAUCGAGUCCGUCAGCUGUUGCUCAACCACAUCGUCCUGGGACGGGCCGUCAACUUGUCGUCCGACUUGUCGUCGACAUCGCCUCCCUGGUACAAAGACACGACCAAUCACGGCAAUAAGAAACCGUUGACGGUCACCACUUUGGGCGGUAGACAACUCCAUUUGAAAACACGAAAAGACGGAACGGCGGUCGUGAAUGGAGUCAAGAUCGUCGGCAAGGAGGUGCGCGUUCCGCCCAAUGGGGUCAUCAUCGUCUUGGAGGAUUAUUUGUUUAUGGACGAGUAUCACGGUGAUGUCGAAGGCUCUGAAUCGCAAUUGUUUAGCGCCAUCCCUAUGGUGACGGCGUCCGAUGGAAGCGAUCAUUUCCCCAUGAUCGAAUUGGGCACUGCAUUCGACGACGACAGCGUCGGUGGAGGACAUCUGGGCGCGAUGGUGAAAAAUGAGCCAGUAGGAUCGGUGUUGAUUGACCGCCAAAAAUUGAACCUGACCGAUGUCAGUCGUCCGUUCUACGAGGAACUGGUGGAGGUGCUCAACUUCCUGCGCAGCGGCACUUCCGAUUUCUUGCGCUACUUGGAACAAGUCAACAUUUCCAGUCUAUUUUCGGAUGAAGAAGAGUACACGGCGUUCAUCCCGAUGGAUGAUUCGUUCGCCCAGUGGUACCCCAUCGAUUGGGGAUUCAAUCCGUUCGACGUCGAAGCGUUUGUCAAAGAAACGAUGAUGAAUCAUUUCGUCCGCGGAAGAGUCAAGCAAAAGGACAUCAUAGAUGGCCAGUCUUUGACGACGCUGGGCGGCAAAACGAUCACCUUCUCUUUAUCGCCAGCAGGUCAAAUGUCCGUCAAUGAUGUCGAAGUCUUUGACGGCGACACGUUAGUUUCUUUGGGCAACAUCCAAUUUGUUGGCGAUCUGUUGUUUGUCAACUCGACGGUGGUCAGAGAGUUGAACGCCCGCCAUCGCGACGUCGAGUCGGCGCCGCUCGUCACGACGCCUUGGUACUCGUCUCAAUUCUUGUCCCACACGUACCGCGAGCUAAGCACGCGCCAGCAUGCGCCCAUCCCUGCUGGAAGUAGUAGUCCUCCGUCGUUCAGUUUAGCCCUGGACUACAUCAACCGAACGCAGCCUCAACUGAGAGACGAUCUGCCCAGUCACGACGAUUGGAAGAUGAUCACGUACACGUUUUUCGUGCCCAAAGAUUCGGCCUUUGUCAAUUUAUGGCCGCAGGACACGGCCGAUCCGUUCGUCAUCGACGACCAAUUCCGGCGCGAUAUUUUCCUCAAUCAUUUCGUCAGACGGAGGUUGUAUCACGACCGAGACCUUGUCGACGGUGCUGUUAUCACCAUGGCCGGCAAUCGAACGGCCACCAUCAGCCGCGAUGGAAAUGUAACGAAAAUCAAUGACGCCAUCAUUGAAGAAGCGGACAUUUUCAUUUACAACUUGGGCACGGUGUUCGUGAUUGACCGCGUCCUCUUUGCCAGCCAGGAGCGCAUCAGUCAGGUGCUGGCCAAGAAUGCUGACCGCAUCCCAUCGUUUGGAUUAGCUGGAAUGGAUGGCGCUCUUUUAGCCGGGCCAGCAGUUGAUGAGAGUCAGACGCUGGUUGUCGACCUGCUGGAUGAGUUGGCGACCACACAAUCAACGGCGGGCAAACUCGUCAUUCGCGAAUAAACCGUUCCGUUGCUCCGCCCUUUUUUCAAGCAAGUGCCAUUUUUUUGUUUUUCGGAAUUUUUUCACAUUUUUUUUUUGGCCAGUCUUUGCGCCACCCGAUAUUGUUGAAACGGCCGCGAUAAAACGAACGAGGAAACUAGGAAACAAAGAUUUUUGAUGUACAAAUGUUGGGGUUCAUUGGCAAAUGGCAUACGCCAUGUUUCCGUCCAUUGGCUCUCUAAGCCACUGAGUGUUUGAAUUCUUAUUUUAUUUGAUGAGACGCAUCACCUUUUCAUUAUUUUCACAUUUUUUUCUGAUGUCUGACAGGCUUUUAUUUACAACGCAAACCCUUCUAUAUAAAUAUAUAUAUAUAUAUACAGUACCACAUAAUAAAAGUAUAUAUAGUCCACCCCCUCUUUUUCUCUUUGCACACCGUAUACAUUAUAAACCCCACGUAUUUGUAAUCUGUAAUCUGUAAUUGUAUAUGUAAUCUGAUCGACAGCCCACUAUAUGCACUACUGUUUCGUAUACCCAUCAGACCCUUUCGAUUUAUAGCAGCGCACCUCUGUUGCACAUCUUUGGUGUUAUCAAAACAAUAUAAUAUCUACCAACGAAA